UGACGCGGUGUGGUGACGUCACGGAUAAAAAAAAAAAUAGGAAAAAAACAAAAAGGAAAAAACCUGCUCCUUUAGCCCGACGUCCUGUGCUGGAAAAAAACAACAACUAGAAACCAAGACUCAAUCUGAGCAAAUGACAGAUCGGCCUACAGCCUGUCCUCUCACCUGAAGAAAGUCUGAAUGACUUUAAGGCUUUAUUGCAUCUAUACUGAGGACAGCCAGCGACUCGGAGCUCAGAACCCUGCGCGGGUGAGAUGGAGGAAGCGUACAGUGAACUUUAUCAGCAGUUUCUUCGUCUCAGGUCACUGUGCCUUAAACAGGCGGCUCUGCUUCAUCAGCUAACUACAGCUCUUCACAACCAGCAAGGUAUCUCUGUUACUGAAGCAGAAGUGAGCGACCUGAUUUCCUUCCCUCUCCAGUGCUCCCCUGAGAUCCCUGCAUUUCUGCACGGAAAGCCUCAACCACAAGCCGCUCCCACACAGCCAUGUGGAGCCGAGCGCUUCUCCAGAGACGCUGGCUGUUCCUCUGGUGUCCUCGCUGAGGGUAUGUCCAAGCUCAGCGUGGACACGACUCGUCAGAGAAAGCAAGACGCAAAGAUGGAGAUGUUUAACCCGUUCACGUUCAAUCUGGAGUCUUCGAAAUACCUCGGAGCUUCUUCCAGCGAAUCAAAGCCUUCAGAACAAAACAGUCGUGGUGAAAAUGGAGCUCAGUUCAGAGCGAUGAUGCCGGUGAAGGAUGGAGGGCUACUGACCCUGUCCGGAGCAGGUGUGAUGUCUGAUGUGGCGCUGCACUCGCACGUCUGCGAGUUCUGUCAAGCCGUUUUUCCCGGCGACUCUACAACAAAAGGGGAAUUUUUACGACACCUUUGCACCCACGUUACUUAGACCAAACGCACGCAGUGCUAUGCAGUUUUUACCUCCAGCUUUUACUUUCAUGUCACACAUGUUUUAGAUCAUUAAACAAAAUCUGACCUCAGAGAAUGAAUCCCUGUGCAUAAUCGGAAAAGUUGCUUUUAUUUGAUGAUUUCAUUUGAUGAUAUGAAAUAUUUCAAUGUGACAAAAACCAAAAAAAUUUGUAUUUGUUAUAUUUCUUUUUUGACAUUUGUCUUGCACUGUGAUCGUUCACCUCAGGUCACAAAAACUCAGGGAAUCGUUCAUUUGUUGCCCUGUUUUGCUACUAAAUAAUCAACUGAUAUUUUUAAAUGGAUGAAAUAAGAGUAGUUUACUUUUUUGCAUCUACACAGAAAUGAAAACAAAAAACAUUUGCAAAGCGUUACAUGUAUGUAAGAGUUUUUCAGUGUCUUACCCAAGGUUUGAUUUCCCCUUCAACUUGUGGAUGUAAAUACAUUUGAAUGCAAAAAAAUCAAAA